AUGUCGGUGCUACUAGAAACGUCGCUCGGCGAUAUUACUAUCGAUCUUUUGGUCGACGAUGCGCCCAAAUGCUGCGAAAAUUUUCUCAAGCUCUGCAAAGUCAAGUACUACAACUUCUCGCCCGUUCAUAGUGUCCAACCGAACUUCUCCUUCCAAACUGGUGAUCCUAUCGGGCCUGGCUCUAAUGACAGUGAUGGCGGCCGCUCAAUAUGGGGUCUGCUUGACCCUACCGACCCAGCAAAGAAAACCUUCAAUCCCGAGUUUCAGCCCAAGCUGAAGCACACGGAGAUGGGUACAGUUAGCAUGGCGACCGCACCCGCGCCAGACGAUCCAGACGAGCGCUACGCGGGCAGCCAGUUCAUCGUGACGCUGGGAACCAAUAUAGAUUUCUUGGACAAGAAAGCUGCGAUAUUUGGGCAGGUUGUGGAGGGCUUUGAUGUCUUGGAGAAGAUCAACGCCGCAUUCAUUGACGACAAGGGUCGACCGCUGAAGGACAUUCGCAUACUGCAUACUGUCGUCUUGGAUGAUCCAUACGACGAUCCAAAAGACCUCGUCGAACCGCCAGAGAGCCCCAUACCUUCUGCUGCCCAGCUCGCUACGGUGCGCGUGGGGCACGAUGAAACUUUGGAGCAAGAGACUGACCCAGAAGCUUUGGAAAAGGUUCGUCGCGAACGAGAGGCGCGCGCACAGGCACUCACACUAGAAAUGGUGGGCGAUUUACCGUUCGCCGAAGUCGCACCACCCGAGAACGUACUGUUUGUCUGCAAACUGAAUCCUGUAACUCAGGACGAGGAUCUGGAGCUCAUUUUCUCGCGGUUCGGCAAAAUCCUGAGCUGCGAAAUCAUACGCGACAAGAAUUCCGGCGAUAGUCUCCAGUAUGCUUUCAUUGAAUACUCUGACCAGAAAGAGUGCGAACAGGCAUAUUUCAAGAUGGAUGGCGUGCUUAUUGACGAUCACCGCAUUCACGUCGAUUUCUCACAGAGCGUUUCCAAGAUCGCGGACGAUUGGCGAGAUAACGCCAACAUGAAGCGACGACGUGCAGCAGGCGGCGGCUUUGGUGGUAUCGACAAUCUGCAGAGGAAGAAGCAAUACCGUGGUGAUCAUGGCCGCGAAAUCAUUAGCGACUCGGUCGUCAGCAAUCUGAUCAUCGAUCGUGAUGCGCCUUCGAAUGGUGCCAAAGACAGUUCACGAGGAUCGCACUCAAAACAGAAUGGGAGUCGCGAUAAACGUGACUUACGUAGAGACGAUGGUCGCAGAAGAGAGCGUCUAGAACAGUCAUAUCACGAUGAUAGAUGGGAGCGGAAUCGUAGCCGGAGCCCAAGACGCGAUCGUCGUGAUAGAGAUGGGGAUGGUCGAUAUGAGAGCACACGGCACGAAGAACGCCGGCGAGAUCGCAGCAGAGAUCGCUAUCGAGACAGCCGGCGAGACAGAAGUCGCGACGGACAUAGGAGGGAUGAUCGGCGGCGGCGAGAUUGA